CUGACAAUGAGAACGGUCAGUAAUGUCUUCUUUCUUCUCCAUUCCUCAGGUGCAGACAGCUGUGGAUUAAUGGUGCAAACCUACAUCAACUGUCAGACCUGCGCCGAGGAGAAGGUUGUCUGCGCCGGGGGCCCUCCAAAAAAUCAAGACUACUUGGAGAGAUGCAGCUGCCUGUGCACCUCCAACAGAUGUUUCGAUCUGAAAACUGGACGGUCCUGCUCUCCAUGUAAAGAUCACAAGUCUCACCUGGCAGAGACUGUAAAAUGUGGAGAGAUAAAUAUAAAAAUCCCAGAAUAUGAAGAACUAAUUCUGGACUGUACUUUUGAAUGGUACGCAAGGCUGGAGGACACCUAUAACAAUGUGUUCACCCUGCCUCGUGAACACAAUCCCAAAAUCACCCGGGAGCCCUAUCUUGUGAUCAAGGGCGUACAGAUGGGGGACUCCGGACGGUACACGUGUACCACCAUCCUGGACUCUGAGGUGCCAGUGAGUAAGAUCACCUAUAACGUGGCAGUUAUCAGCGAAUCGGAACAGGCGACAAAAAAAUACCAUCCUCGCCCUACACUUCCUGAUGUGCUUGACAUCACAGCGCCUGAGCCGCCACUUCUAGAGGAGCUACAGAACAACAAUGCUUCCCUCAUAGCAAUAUCUGUGGCCGGCUCCGUCACCAUCAUGCUGAUCGCUGGCAUAUGCAUCUGCAUGUUCUGGAGGAAAAUUAAAUCUAAAGAGCCUCUGGAAAAAGAGCCAGUGUGA